AUGGCGCAAGUUCAGAUACCCUGCCCUGCUGCCGAGCGCUCUCCGCUUGACGAGGAACGAAUCUCUCUCCGUGUUUUCAGCGAUGCCGAAAGCCAAGCCAGCAGCAGAAAAAACUUUGCCAAUGCGCUUCUUACCACAAGCCAAGAUCCUACUUCUUCCGACUCACGCUUCGCCACCGGUCGAUAUGAGCUUUGGUCGUUCUACAUUUACUACAUUGGCAACUGCGGCUUGGGUCCGUUCAACUUUGCGCCCUCGCAAUUCCAGAAUCUGCUCUCGCAGCAAGCAACCAACCUUGGCGCUGGACAGUGCGGACAGGAUGGUCAAAACGAUUGUCGACUUCUGUUCGCCGGAAAGCAGAGGACGGUGGAGAGCAUCGUAUUGUUGAGUAAUGGCAUCUCGUUUGCAAUCCAAGCCUUCCUCUUCCUGGCCAUCGGAAGCUUUGCAGAUUACGGAAAGAAACGGCCCUAUAUCUUGAUUGUUUGCACUGUCGUUGCGAUUGCCAUCAGUUUCGCCUGGUUGGGCGUCACAAAGCCUCAACAAUGGCAGCUGGCCACCGGACUGUACAUGGUCGGGCUGAUCACCUACCAGCUCUGCUUGAGCUACUGGACCGCGGCGUUUCCAGGCUUGGCAAGGGAUCUACCGCACAUGCGAGAGGCUCGCCAACGACUAGUACAAGCUCGCGAGCCCACGACAGUCCAUGUUGAGACCGUCGACGACAAGGUAGCCAUGCCAUCCGUAGAACAAUCGGUUCCAGAUGACCACUUUUCGGCCGAUCAAUACAGUCUUCUCGAGACCCUGUCGAUCAACCGCAUCUCCAACAUCGCCUUUACGGUUUGCUCCGUCGGCGAACUCGUCGUUCUGGCCAUCAUUCAAGGCAUGCUGUACGCAAUCCAUGCGGAUCGAGACGAGCAGUCCAACACGAUCGCACUCUCAGCUGUUGUAGCGGUCUCGGCAGCUGUCUGGCUGCUUUGUGCGAUUCCUUGGUUCGUGAUGGAAAAGCAUCGACCAGGCCAACCUCUGCCUCCUGGUACAAAUUAUUUCACUGCAGCUGUCAAGCAAGCCGUGCUUGCCGCAAAACACCUACGGCGUCUUAGGCAAACGCUCAUCUACCUCGUCUUCUACUUUCUCUUCUCCGACGCCCUCAAUACAACCGUCACCGUGAUCUCGACGAUCCAGAACCAAGUUGUCAGCUUCAGCACAACAAAACUCAACUUGCUUCUGAUCGUCGGCAUUGCUGCUCAAGCAGUUGGCAUUUACGCUUUCUGGUUGAUUCAGAGGCACUGGCACUUGUCGACGCUCUACAUGUUUUGCUGGAUCGUCUUGUUCACCAUCAUCCUUCAGCUAUGGGGUUUCAUCGGCAUUUUCACACAACAAUUUGGGUUUCACCAUGAAUGGGAGGUGUACAUGUACCAGGCAUACUAUGGUCUUGCGGUCUGUCCGUGGUACGCCGUGUCUCAGACCAUGAUUGCCGAAGUGACUCCGAAAGGAUCAGAGUUCCUGUUUUUCUCGUUGUUCUCCAUCGUCGGCAAAACCUCGGCUUUCAUCGGCCCAUUUGUAACGCAGGCCAUCGCAGAUGAGACCGGGAACGCUUCGACGCCCUUCUACUUCCUUCUUGCUCUUUCGCUGGCGAGCUGCAUCUUGCUUUGGCCACUCGACAUCAAGAAGAGCAAGGUCGAACAGGCUACAUUCAUCGAGCAUGAAGCAAAAGACAAGAAUUUGGGCUGA